UCCUGGUCUGCAGAGAGGAUACAGCAACAUGAGCACAGCAGGAAAAGUAAUUAAAUGCAAGGCAGCUAUACUGUGGGAGACAGGGAAGCCCCUCUCCAUCGAAGAUAUAGAAGUUGCACCUCCCAAGGCUCAUGAAGUUCGCAUUAAGAUGGUAGCCACAGGAAUCUGUCGCUCAGAUGACCAUGCGAUUGUUGGAAACUUCCUCACCCCUCUUCCUGCAAUUAUAGGCCAUGAGGGAGCUGGCAUUGUGGAGAGCAUUGGAGAGGGAGUAACUACAGUCAAACCAGGUGAUAAAGUCAUCCCGCUCUUCAGCCCCCAGUGUGGAAAAUGCAGACUGUGCAAGCACCCGGAAAGCAACUACUGUGCAAAAAGCAAUUUGAAAAACCCACGGGGGACCUUGUUGGAUGGCACCAGCAGAUUCACCUGCAGGGGGAAGCCCAUCAACCACUUCAUCAGCACCAGCACCUUUGCGCAGUACACCGUGGUAGAUGAGAUCGCAGUAGCCAAAAUCGACGCAGCUUCGCCCCUGGAGAAAGUCUGCCUCAUCGGCUGUGGGUUCUCCACUGGUUACGGCUCCGCAGUCCAAGUUGCCAAGGUCACAAAAGGCUCCAGUUGUGCUGUGUUCGGCCUGGGUGGAGUUGGCCUGUCUGUCAUCAUAGGCUGUAAAGCUGCGGGCGCAGCCAGGAUCAUCGCAGUGGACAUCAACAAAGACAAAUUUGCAAAGGCCAAGGAGCUAGGUGCCACUGAGUGCAUCAACCCUCAAGACUACAACAAACCUAUCCAGGAGGUGCUUCAGGAAAUGACUGAUGGGGGUGUGGACUUUUCAUUCGAAGUCAUUGGUCGGCUGGACACCAUGACUUCUGCGCUGUUAUGCUGUCAAGAGUCAUGUGGUGUAAGUGUCAUUGUGGGGGUGCCUCCUGGUACACAGACUCUAUCAAUAAGUCCUAUGCAGCUGCUAACUGGACGCACCUGGAAAGGAGCAAUAUUUGGUGGCUUUAAGAGUAAAGAUUCUGUUCCCAAACUUGUGGCUGACUUUUUAGCCAAGAAGUUUCCAUUGGAACCAUUAAUAACCCAUGUUUUACCUUUUGAAAAAAUAAACGAAGGAUUUGACUUGCUUCGCUCUGGAAAGAGUAUCCGUACCAUUCUGACCUUCUGAGACUGUCCAGCUGCCUUUCCUUGAAGCAGACUUCUGCCUCCUCCAGAGCACAGAAUCCAGAGCACUGGCUGGAAAGCAUCAAUGAUCCUGAGCUUUGGAAACAUAAUCAAUAAAAUUCUUAUGCAAGCUUUCCAAAAGAAACUGACAUUCCGAUGAAAUCAUUUUUUAAGCAAAUGUUUAAAAUCAAAGUGAGACUCUUGAGGCCCAGCUGGGGAACUUGGGAGUACUCAGCUGUCUUUCCUAGUCCUUUGACAUAGGUCAUCUGUCCCACUAUAGAAAAAUGUCUUCUGUGACGUGUUUUCUAUCUUCUGAAACUUUAGUCACUGAAACUCAGUGGAGAGAUCUUCUUCCCUUAACAUACAUAUGAUAGCUCUUGUGUGCAAAGUCUUCCUCCUCUACCUCUCUGUCCACUGUGUUUUCUUAGCAUUUGGAUAGAGUUGUGUUUACACUAGAGAACAUAUAAAUCAGAGAACUCCCCAAGGAAUUUCUUAGUAAC